AUGGCUGGCCGCACCCGCAUCUACGUUGUGGCGGUCGCUGGCGCGGAGCUGGAGCAGCGAGCGGUCUCAGAGGAGAGACCCACGGGUAUCGUCGUCGCGCUGCGGGAGCACUCGACGAGCGCCACGGAAGAGAGCAGCAGCUGCGCUUCCGCGGACGACAGCAGCGAGGGGUCGGCGCCAGAGCGCUUCUCUCUUCGGCACCUGGGCGAGGGCCCGGGAGGCCCCGGGGAUCGCCUCCACCGGCAGUGGAGCGACUGCAGCUCCAGCACCGCGUACGAGUCCGACCCGCCCCCGUCACGGGGCAAGCAGGAGCUGCGGAACCGCACCAGCCGACGGCGGGCGCUGCGCAUCGCCGCGAAGCUCCGGCGCCGCGCCGAUGCGUGCCUCGCCGGCCGCGGCGGCGGCGGCGCCGAGACCGCCGAGCCCCCCGAGGGCGGCGCCGCCGCCCCGGCCAGCCAGCGGGCCACC